AGAGAGAGAAAGAGAAAGAAACAAAGCAACGAACUAAAGCCUAAAAGCAGAGAGAAAGCGAGAGAGGAGAGAGAAAGAGAGCAUAUCAAGGAAGAAGACGAAGAAGAAGAGAGCAACAACGUAACAGUAGUAGCGCUUCUACUGUACACUCCUCGUUCUGCGUGCGCAGCGAACCCUAUUCCAUGUUCUUGAAUCUCAGCAUCCAGCAGUCCUAGCUGAUCAGAUCGAUCGGAGCGAAAAGAGAGAGGAUUACCCCAGGAUCCGAGAUCUAGAGAGAGAAAGAGAAAGGUUUAAGAGGGGGGAAAUAGCUAGGAGCUGAGAGGAUAGAAUGUUCCCCUCCUCCAAUAAGCAGCCCAGCACUGGUGCUGCGAGCUCGAAUGAUCGGCCUAUGUGCGUGCAAGGCGACUCCGGCGGCCUCGUCCUCACCACCGACCCCAAGCCCCGCCUCCGGUGGACCGCCGAGCUCCAUGACCGUUUCGUCGACGCCAUCGCCCAGCUCGGAGGCCCGGACAAGGCAACUCCAAAGACUAUCAUGAGGGUUAUGGGAGUCAAGGGCCUCACCCUCUACCAUCUCAAGAGUCACCUGCAAAAAUUCAGGCUAGGCAAGCAGCACAAGGAGUUUGGGGAUCAUACAGCAAUGGAGAUGCAACGUAACGUGGCUUCUUCUUCAGGCAUGAUGGGAAGAACCAUGAACGACCGAAGCGUGAACGUGAGCGGGAAUGAGGCCCUAAGGAUCCAGAUGGAAGUCCAAAGAAGGCUCCAUGGGGAACUAGAGGUGCAGAAGCACCUCCAGAUGAGGGUUGAAGCCCAGGGGAAGUACAUGCAAUCCAUCGUGGAGAAAGCAUACCAAGCCCUGGGGUCCAGCGACUGCGCCACGUGGCCCGCGGGGUACAGAUCUCUAGGCAGCAACCAGCAGGCCGUCCUUGACAUUGGCGGCUCCACGAGCUUCUCGUCCCUCCAGGACCUGCACUUCUAUGGAGGAAGCAGCAGCCACAUGGACCAGCUGCUGCAGCAGAUGGAGCGGCCGAUGGAUAGCUUCCUGACGUUGGGCGACAGCUUCAUAGGCUCGUCAUCAGCAGACAAGAAGGGCCCUAACCACUGCAUCAGCUCCGGUGGCAAGAGCUCGAUGACGAUGUGGGUCGGCGAGGAGCAGCCGCAGGCGAAGAGCGGCGGCACCGAUCAGCUCCAGAUGGAGGGCGGCAUCGAUGUCAUGGACCCGAUCACCGGCCUGUAUGAGGGUGCCAUGUCGGGCGACUCCAUGGGCAGUAAGGGUUUCGAGGGUUCGAGCUCCAAGCUUGAGAUGAAGUCGCCUCCACAACAAGCAGCACUUUCUGUAGCAAGUCAGAGGGUACGUAUAUAGCCGGCCCAAUGGUUAUAUGGAGCUCACGAAAAUAACUUGUCCUAUAUAUAGCUAGUAUAUGGGUAAAAAGGAUAAAAGUAUUGUGCCAAUUUUGUUGUGAUGAAGGAACCAUCACAUAAAGCUUAUAGACUAGCGCGCGUGAGCUGAGUGCAGUGCAUUAUUAUUUACGGUUAUUAGUGUUAUUAGAUACGAGAUCUUAAGAGAAUCAAUUCAUGCAUGAUAUAUAGCUAGAUAAGGUUGUUUGAGCUCUAAUUAAGGUUACCUGCUAUUCUGAUGAGGAUGGCUUAGGUAACAAUUUAGUUUCCUCCAUCUACUUAGGGUUUUGAGUUCAAGUGAAAGUGCAUUUUAUUGACAGACAUGUUCCUGUAUGUAUAAUGAUGCAUGGUGGAGAAACACGUAGUACCGGGACAUUAUUAACAGAGAGACUUUAUUUCAGAUUUAUAUAUGCACGAAUAAUUGGUUUGUGUAA